UUUAUUACAUUUUCAUUUUUUGGAUAACUUUUUUUCUAAAAUACUGAAGUUGACCAAUGAUAUUUACAGAAUUAAUACAUCACAAGUGUACAGGUUACCUUUACUUUAUAAAUCUUGAUUAACAAACUUGCUUUGAAACUGUUAACAUAUCAUUUUCUUGUUAUUACAGUUAUUACAUGCUAUAUGUUCUGCAUUCAUUUAAUUUUGAAAAUAAAAUUUUUUUCUCAAAAUAAAAUUUUUUCCCUACCUACCGACCCUAAUUUUUUUGGUCAGGGGACAGGAAACAAGAGUAUAUUUUAUUUUGGCCUAACCAUGAAUCAAUCCAUUAGAAACAUGAUAGAACUAAAGUUUCGAAACAUCCACGCAAUAAUUAAACAUAACCGAAGUAUUUCCGAUUUUGAUUGGAUGAAUUCCCUUGAUGAGGCAAAGGGAAUGCAACAUGGCUCAACUUACAACAACAGAUGGGCAGCUACAGCAUUCAUAGAGUGUAUUUCUGACACUUUGAAGGAAGAAAUGUUAUCACAGAUUAAAGGUACGAAGUUUUUUUCUUUGACUAUGGACGGAACCACUGACAGUGGGACUGCUGAGCAGGAGACACUUUUCAUUAGAUUUUGCUCUGCUGGGAAAAUAAGUUGUCAUUUUCUCUGUAUUGGAGAGCCAAGAUCUACAACUUCGGCUGACCUAUUAAAGUUUGUUAAAGAUAAACUUGAUGAAAAUAAACUGUCUGAUCAAAUGAAGAAACUUGUGGGCUUUGGGUGCGAUGGAGCAUCCAAUAUGAUGGGAAAGCGUAAUGGCCUUGUUGCAUUACUGCAGAAAGACUUCACGGAGAUAAUCGGAGUUCAUUGCCUGGCACAUCGACUUGAAUUAGCAUACAAGGAUGCAGUUAAGAAUGAUCCACUCUACAAUCGCCUUACCACCCUACUUCUUCGAUUAUAUUACUUUUACAAAAACAGUUCCAAACAGAGAAAAAACUUGAAAGAAUGCAUGAAGGUUUUGAACUUGAUAGGUACUCUACCUCACCGAGUAAAUUCUACAAGGUGGCUACCUCACAUGAGAAGGGCUCUGGACACAUUAUUCACCUCUUACCCGGCUUUUUCUCACCACCUGCAGGAUGCAUCACACACGAAUGCAAAGGCAAAUGGGCUUGCACGCUUGCUUGAAUCAUCCUCAAUUAUGACAUAUGCAGGCUUGUUAUUGAGGAGUUGUAGUACGGUUGAGAAGAUAAUAGAGAAAAUCAGUGAAAGAUACCAAGACCUCAGUGGGGAGCUUUUGGAUGCCACCACUAUUGGAUCUUUGAAGAACUGGCCAAUUGAAAACCAAGAAAAAUUUGGAUCAGAUCAUGUGAAAACUCUGGUGAACAGGUUCAGCAAUACACUGGAGAAUGCUCAAAUAAAUGUCUCUGAGAUUAUGGAAGAGUGGCAAAUGUUGAGAUGUCUUGUUUACAGAAGAUUUGGUGGGCAAUUUAUGGUUACCUCUUGGCAAGAUAUCCAUGCUGCCUUUGGUGAAAGUGGUGUGCCAAACAUCCUUGCUCUGAUAGAUCUUAUACACAGUCUUGCUCCCACAAGUGUCAUUAAUGAAACUGGUUUUAAUCAGCUGAAGCUGAUUAAAACUGACAGGAGGCAUCGUUUGACAGAAAGACACCUCAAUGACUUGAUGGUCAUAAGAUUGCAGUCUCCUUCUAUAGUCAACUUUGACCCCAACCCUGCUAUUGACAAAUGGAUGGUAUCCCCAUCAAGACAAAGAAGCCGUGGAACAUACAAGAGAGGCAAAAAAAGACCCCAAUCAGAAGAACGGUGUGAAGUGGCAGAAGUGACAGUAGAGAUAGAACUUUUGAGGGAGAGUGAGGGUGAGAAUGAAGUUGAGAGUGAGCCUGAGAUAGUAGAGACUGAGAGGCAAGGUGUGGAAAGAGAAGAGGUAGACAGAGAAAGUGAUGAAGACUCAGAGGAGGACCUGGAACAGAACUUAGAUACGAAUGAUAACAUGUUGAGAGAAAUCAUAGAGGAAAUAGAAAUGGAGACUGAGUAGAUUUAUAUUAAAUCUGCUUAGUGUCCUUUUCUAUCUUUUCUAUAAAUGAGUUAUAUU